AAGCAGAGCAAUGUAACAUUGAGAAAAUGUUUAUUUAAUUCCACGGUCUCUAUUUUGACUAUUUAAAGAUGCACAUUCAGCAAAAUAAGAUCGUCAAAAAGAUUGCUAGAGAUAUGUACACAUUUCCAUAUAAAAUCAUAGAUGUUGAGCCAGACUUAAAUGCUGAGCUAUUACGGUAUUUCAAGGGCGAGCGCACAGGAUUUGUGCAGGUGGGUCCUGAAAAGUAUUUUUUUCCUCAUAAAUUUAAAUUGGAAGCGGACAAAUUUUAUAAUUUUCAAGCACGCCCAGAUGAUAUCUGGGUCGCGACGUUUCCUAGAUCAGGCACUACAUGGACUCAAGAGUUAGUUUGGCUAGUGGCAAAUAAUUUAGAUUUUGGUACAGCCAAAUGCCAGCCGCUCACUGAAAGAUUCCCAUUUUUUGAAUUUUCUUUGUUCGUGCAUCCUGAAGUCAAAUCGGAGUUAUUGUCUGAAAAUAUCAAUGACAAGAGCAAACAAGAAUUCAUUGAACAUUUAUCUGCACCAGGCUACAAGACUUUGGAUAGAUGGCCAUUGGAUAGAAGACGAUUUAUUAAAACUCAUUUGCCAUUUUCUUUGCUGCCACCUAGUGUUAUGGAGAAUAAAUGCAAGAUCAUUUAUGUGAUGCGCAACCCCAAAGAUGUAGCGGUUUCCUAUUACCACCUGAAUCGCUUAUAUCGCACACAGGGUUAUUGCGGUGACUUUACGCGAUAUUGGAGCUACUUUUCACGUGGUUUAAACCCGUGGCUGCCAUAUUAUAGCCAUAUUAAGGAAGCGUAUACCCAUCGGAACUUGCCUAACAUUCUUGUUCUGAACUAUGAAGAAAUGGUGUCAGAUUUGAAUGGUGUCAUAUUGAAAGUGGCUGCCUUUUUAGAUAUUACAAUUAGCAAAGAGAGAUUGAAGGAUGUUAAGGAACAUUUGGAUAUUAAGAAUUUUCGCGAAAAUCCAGCAGUAAAUGGAAGUGAAAUGUCAGAUAUCGGAGUUUUGCUAAAAGGUGAAGCUGGUUUUGUACGUAAAGGUGGAAAUGGAACGCGGGAAGAGUUAGUGAGUGAUGUAGAGUUAAAGAAAUGUGUAGAUGAGUGGAUUGAAAAAAAUAUAGCAAAGCCUGCUGCAAAGGCAAUACUUAGCGUAUAGUUAAAGCGAUUCAUAGCAAAAACAAUUAUAUGUAUAAUACACUAGCUGAUACCUGCGGUUUCGGCUGCGUAUAAAAUAAAAUACAUUAAAUGCAACUCUUUUUUGUUGAAAUGAUUCUCUGUAUACA